AUGGCCCUCAUACCCAAGGGCGACCACGACUAUAGGUUGAUAGAGGACCACUCUCGGUCAGGCUUUAACGGUAUGUGCAAGCUCUCCGAGACGUGUUCGUUGCCGAGGGGCCAAGAAAUCCGCAGUGGUCUCUCGGAUCUGCUUUAUGGAUGUUCACCGAGUAGUUCCUGCCAGUGUGGUCGGGAUCGGACGGCCAAGGGCCCCUAUGACUAUGUGUUUCUGAAGUUUGACAUCGCCUCAGCGUAUCGUCACUUGUUUCUCAAUAAUGUAGACAGGGCUAGGACAUCGGUUCGACUUGAUCAAGAGGUUUACGAUAACCUGGCAUUGCCCUUCAAGGCGGGGACCUCUCCUUUCCAGUGGUGCUGCACCAGCGCGGCGAUCAGCCAUAUAGUGGCCUCGCUGUUGAGGCUCAUCCUCGGCCACGUCAAGUUUCUCUCUUUCGUCUUCGUUGACGACGGUCUAGUGGCGCUACCGCAGCCCUACUACACAGUCGGAUCUAUCCUGACGCUACUGGUCUGGCGAUGCCUGAACUUCGAGAUAAACUGGCGUAAGUGCCAGUUCGGCGUUCGCGCCGUGAAGUUCAUAGGCUAUGAGGCGGUGUUGUUGCCAGGGGGUAAGGCGGAAGUUGGGGUUCACCCCGACAUAUGA